AUGACGGACAAGAAGGCCGUCGUCUACGGCGACCUCGGCGACGACGACGUCGCCGCGCUCUUCAGUAAGUUCCAGGAGGACUUCUCGACGACCUACAGCAGCCCCGACGAGACGUCCGAGCGCUUCACCUACUUCAAGAAGAACCUGGGCAUGAUCGACAAGCUCAACAAGGUCCACCCCCACGCCCUCUUCGGCAUCACCAAGUUCGCCGACAAGAGCGAGGACGAGCGCGCGGUCCGCCGGUCGGGCAACAGCGCGUGGUCCGAGAUGCAGGACGGUUUGCCGGACCAGGUCGUCCAGGCGGCGAAGCAGGGCCCCGCGGCGACCAUGCCGUCGGCCUUCGACUGGCGCGCGCUCGUGGCGAAGAACGUGUCCAAGUCCGCGGUGACGUCCGUGAAAGACACGGGCGACUGCGCGUCGCACUGGGCCUUCGCGGCGGCCGGCGACAUCGAGGGCACGAAGUUCCUCAGCGACGGCGCCGUGGACCUGUCUUCCUUGUCCACGCAGCAGUUCGUCGCCUGCGACACGGUCGACCACGGCUGCGCGGGCGGCUACACGUACCGCGCGUUCCAGUACGCGGAGUCGUGCGGCGGCAUCCUGCCCGACGACGCCUACGAGUACAAGGCCCAGCAGAAGCUCGCGGCGGCGAUCAACGGCUGGCAGAUGGUCGCGAUGGGCGGCGACUUCGAGGAGCUCCUCCAGUUCUCCAUGCUCCGCAACGGGCCCAUCGCCGUCGCCAUGAACUCGGACGGCAUGGACUUUUACGUCAAGGGCGUCAUGGGCGACGCGGACGAGUCGCACUGCGACGCGGGCACGCUCGACAUCAACGCGCUUUUGGUCGCCUACGGCGUCGAGAACGGCAACGACUACUGGGUCGUCAAGCACUCCUGGGGCACGACCUGGGGCGAGGACGGCUACUUCCGCGUCCUCCGCGGCGUCAACCACUGCGGCAUCGCCAACUUCGCGUCCCACUCCGUCUACAAGCCCGUCGAGCUCGACCACGCGGGCCGCGGCAACUAG